GAGACAGCAGAGGAAUCGGAAUCGGAGUGUGCGCAGAAGGAAGAGAGAAAAGAAGAGGUUUUUCUGCCUUGUAGGGUCUCAAAUCUCAAGUCUCGCUUCCUUUGUAAGUUUUCUGUUUGUUUCCUGAGAAAUUCGCCGAUUCUCCCUUCUCUCUCUCUCUCUGCCAAAAUCUUCCUAGGUAAUGGCCCAGCAGCAGAUCCCCAGUACCCACUUCUCGCCCUUCUUGGGAAUUUCAAAUCAUAGAUCCUCACUCUUCCGUGUUUCUUCCGUUUUAUGUGGGUGAUCCCCAUUUUCCCAGAUCAUAGUAUACUCAGUCUAUCUUCUGUUUCCUGAGCUGAAGAUGAAUGAUUCGGAGAAAACCACUUGAGAGUUUUUGGAUACCGAUUUGUUUUCCCCCUUUCCUAAGUGAAUACUGAGUACGGGUUUAUAUGAAUGAAUUUUGCUAAAAUGCGAGGGGAAGCGCAGCAUGGUAGCCUGUUCUUGGGGUACAAUUCAGAAGCCAAUCAGAGUUUGUGGCCGGGAAAGGAUACAGAUAUGGAUAUGGUCAAAACUGGUGGAUUCAACUUGAACGGUGCAUUUUCCUUUACGUGUUACGGUCUCUAUCUGAAACGCUUUAAGGAAUCUCUGAAACAGACAAUGCUCGAGCAUGAAUCUGUCUUUGAAGAUCAGAUCCAUGAGCUUCAUCGCCUUUAUUGGAGGCAGAGAGAACUGAUGGUGGAAAUGGAGGGAACUUCCUCGCAUAAUCUACCUCGACAUCCUGAGUCUUUGCCCCCGAUUGCUGGUUUUUCUCGAGCUUUCCCUCGGGAUUUCCCUAGAAAAUGUCGUACAAAAACAGUGCCAUGGAUGAAUUCAAAUAUUUCCACAUUUCAAAGGAGCAUUUUGCCAUGCGAAGAACCCUCUACCCGGAUUACAGCCGGGCUUUCUGGAACUGAUUUCGAGAAAUCUGGAAAGGAGGUUUUGGAUCUUGAAUUAUCGGGUUAUGAGUAUCUUGAUAUCGGGGAAGGGAGAGUUUCACGUGAUGGAGAAGUCCAGGAGGCUCCCAACUUGUGGAAAGAGCCGUCACCAAGAAGCAUUUCCAUGGAAUCUGAUUUCCAGCUAGAUAAGUUACAUCAAUUUACGGAUUCGUCCAAGUUUAAAUGUGUUCUUGACUUGAACGAGCCGGCCGAGAUUGAGGAACCAUUGGAAAUUGAGCUCAAUCAGUUCAUGAAUCCAGUUACCGGCCUCUGCACUGCCAAUGCAAUAGUGGGAGAAUCUAAUACAAGGAAUGAUGGAGAUUCAGAAAGUGGUUCACAUGGGAUGAACGAAGAAGCGCAAGACCAACUAUUUCCUAUAAAGUGUCAAGCAGAGAAGGGUAUUGACUUGAAUAUGUCUCCGCUCUCAUCUGAUGAUAAAUCAACUGUUUCCGAGAAGAUUGAGGCCCAACAACCUCAAGAGUCUUGUUCACAUUCAUCGCACGUAAACCACGGUUUAGGAGGGAGAUCACGCAUGGUAGUUCAAGCACUUCCGUCUUCCAGAGGCGUCGCAUCCUUACAAAAAGGCCAUAAACCGUUGUUCAGAAGCUCCAGAACUUGUAAGAAUGUAAAAUGUUACCCGAAAAACACUGGUGCAGCAACUUGUCCGCAGAGCAGAACCCGCAAUGGCUCAGAUUUGGCGACAAACUUGGCUGUUAACGAGGAUGAUGACCUUUUGCCAAGUACUGCCUCGUGUAUUCCCGGAUGCAAAUCUGCUAGCUACCAACCGAGUGGAAGGAAGAGGAGUGUAAGUUCUUUGGGAAAAGUUAAAGGGUGUGGUCAAGGUAAGAAAUCUAGAACCACACUGAAAAAGGCGAAGAGUUUUCUUGCAACAGAGGAAGAUGAUGAUGACGAAGAGAUAGCUGCAGCAAAGGCUAUAUUCAACAUUUCAUCAUCCAAUUCGGUCACUGUCCUAGAAACCUCUGCUAUUACCAAUUGUGACAGCCUCCAUUGGUUUGCCAUGAUAGCUUCUUCUGUCUUUGAGGACCCUAAGAGUGAGUUUGGAGUAUGUGUACGUGGAUGCCACUAUUCUUCCAUUGGAAUUCAGACAGAGGUAGAGGAGCACAAUACAAAGCACAGGAAGGGCCGGGUCAGGAAGGGGAAGAGACAAUACAGAGGUUUCAAGCGUAAAGUCCUCCCAAACGAAGUCUCUGAAGAUCUGCAGACAGUGGGGAGGGGAAUGGAAACUGCUGGCACGAAAUGGAAUGACGGGUACUGGAUGAAUAAGAUCAAGAGCAGAAUCUCGGUGAAAGAGAGAAGGCAACUGACUGAUUCUCCUCAUGAACAGAUGGAGGAGAAAAGGGUUUUCAUCGACUGGGGAAGAGUGAGAAGAGGAAGACGAGGUCCUAGAAUACCUGCCGCCAAUUUUCAGCUUGUCCUAAGCCAAGUGUAGGCCAAAAAGGUAAUACAAUACACACAUAGUGGGCAGUUGGUUUUGAGGAAUGGAAUCCAAGAUUUCUUUCCAUUUUUGUACAAAAUCUCGUUUUGUGGGGAUCAGACCAUGGAGAAGGUGGAGAUUUAGGAUCCAAGUCUUUUGGGUUAGAGCUAGUCAGUUACUUGUCAACUACAUAGUACUCUCAAGUUCCACAGCAGUGUUACAAAUCUCUUUUAUUUUUUUGUUUCUUUUUUAUUUUUGCAGUAUCUUGUAAUGAUCAUAGUUUUUAUAUGCCACCAUAUCCAUAUGACUCGCCA